AUGUCCUCACCACCACCGCCGCCCUCUCUCCAAACACCCUCCAACCCACUGAAACGACUCUCAGUCUCCUCCGCCUCGCAGGGAAUGGGCUCCGCGAAACGACCCCGGAUGCACCCUCUCCGACAGACCUCCUUCCCUAACACGAUUGACAGCGAGAGCCGACUGUUCAGCACAGCCAGCGACGCGGGGAGCGUGACGGGUAGUUUUACAGGGAGCCUAGGCGGGACGAGCGCGGAUGGAGUGUUUUCAGGCGCGGCGGCCCGGUUGGGCGGGAAGAAGCGCGGGCGCAAAUCCAAGGCCGAGAAGGAGCGAGAACGCGAGGACGCCAUGAGUGCCAGGGGAGGACUGGAGGCGAGGAUGGGAUCCGUUGAUGGGGAUGGGGGAUCGGUUCGGGGAGCCGGGGGCGCGGCCUCGACUGUCGGGGCGGGUGGGCAUGGGCACGCCGAGGAUGGGGACGAUGAUGACGAUUUCGAUGAUGAGGGGGAGUUGCUGGGCGGGGAGGAGGGGACGACGGAUACGGAGGCGGAUAAGAAGAAUCUUGCCGUCCUUGUUGAUGCGUUCAACCCCAUCCAGUCGGAACGAUAUGAUUUGUUUAAACGGGCGAAGCUCCGCAAGGAAACCUUGCGCCGGAUCGUCAAUCAUGCCUUGUCCCAGUCUGUGCCUGCGAGUGUGGUCACCACCAUCAACGGCUUCACCAAGGUCUAUGCGGGCGAGAUCAUCGAAAAGGCACGUACCGUCCAGGCUGAGUGGGCGCUGGCGCACGACCAGGCUGCCCACGCCGCAUUCCAGGCUGAAGUAGCUGCCGCAGAAGCAGCAGCAGCUUUAAAGUCCACCCCAGACAAUACGAUUAUCAAAAGCGAAUUCAACGAGAGUGGCAGGGCAACCCCGUCUUCCAACUCUGUGCCCCCGCGGAUAUCACCGCUCCCUACCGGCUCUACAACACCGUAUACCCACAGUGUAUACGCCAACGGAUAUAAUACUACUGCCAGCCCGGCUCCUCCUCCUCCUGGCCUAACGCCGAACGGUUCCUCGACCCGGGAGUUCAAGCCCCCGCCGAACCCGCACCGCGGACAACUCCUCCCGUCACACCUGCGCGAGGCCCUGCGCCGAUAUAAACGCGACUGCGAGGGCGGCGGCGUAGGAUUCUCAGGCUUGAGCAUGGAUAACCUGGGUGUCAAGGGGUCGUUGACCUGGAGUUCGGGCAGCUGGAACCUGUUCGUCAAGACAGAUCAAAUACCGAUGCGACGACUCUCCAAUCCCUCUUCUCUGUACACCCGAGUCGUCAGUACUCUGCCGUGGAGUGGUGAAAAGGCCAGUGUAAAGGGAGACCCGAGGAAGAGCGUCAAAUGGAUCGACGGUCUGAGAGGCGUUGCGUCCUUCCUGGUAGUCCUUACCCAUCUAGCCAGAGGCUGGGACUACGACCUUUUCUCGCCGCGGGACGGGCCUGACAUUCCCCCACGAAUCCUGCAAUUGCCUGUCCUGCGUAUCCCCUGGCAGGGCCGUGUGGGAGUCACCAUCUUCGCCUUUUUAACGGGGUAUGUGUGUGCGUUGAAGCCUCUCAAGCAGUCCCACACAGGCGACACCAACGCCGCCUUCACCACCGUCGCAAAGAGCGCCUUUCGCCGUCCGCCGCGCCUCAUUUUACCGGCCACAAUCGCCCUCGUCAUCUCCUGGGCGGCGGCUCAGUGCGGGGCCUACACGGCAGCCCUUCGAUCAGACUGUUGGUGGUGUCGGUAUGCGGCGCCGAAGGUCAAGGAAACUUGGUGGUUGGAGGUAUAUUCGCUGGGGAUGAACUUCCUUAGCACGUGGACAACAGGCUACAUGGCCUACGACGACCACCAGUGGGCGCUCCUGCCCCUGCUUAAGGGCUCCAUGCUGGUCUAUCUUGUUCUGGUGGCGACGAUGUUUGUGAGAUUCCGCUGGCGGAUGCUAGUAUAUGUGGGCAUGGUGCUCUAUUUCCACCAGGACAGCGCAGCCAACGUGGAGACCAUUCAGAUGCAGUGCAUGUACGGGAUGCUGCUCUGCGAUCUCUCGUACAACGCCUCGUUCAAGGAGUUCGUCCACAACCACACCUGGGGGAGGAGACUCAUCUCGAUACCGCUGGCUAUACUCGGUCUUCUCAUUGCCUCUUAUCCCGGUGAACACCCGGAGUGGUCGGAAUGGUCGAACGAGAUGUGGAGGCGCUCAUCUUACCUGUUUCCCCCGAAUGUGAACGUGGGCAAACGCUACACAGCCAUUGGGAUCGACAUGGUCAUCUGUGCCAUCUACCUGUCACCCUCCGCUAAGGAUAUUCUCUCGAACCGGCUAUUCCUGUGGUUUGGCAAGCAAAGCUUCGCUGUGUAUCUCGUCCACGGCACGCUGCUGCGGACUGUGCUCGUCUGGAUGCUCUACGGCAUCACAGGCCAGCCCUGGGAAGAAGUCACAGACGCCGAGGGUACUAUAGUUCCACCCCCGUAUAUCCCUAUCCGUCCCGCGUGGGUGGUCUUUACCUGUAUCCCCGUCUGGAUCGUGAUCGUCUACAUCUGUGCCACGCUCUGGACGGGAUACGUGGACCCUUUCUGCGCAAGCCUAACACAGAAACUAGAGAACCUCGUGUUUGAAGAAGACCUAAAGAGCCAGCCACCGCUACCUCUUGUAUCGGUUCCCAUGCCUACUACUUAG